UUCCCCGCCGGCCCCUCUCUGCGCGGCGGCCGCAAAACUUGCGGGUGAAUGGCGGGCGCGGCGGCGCCAAGUGGGACUCCUGGGGGGCUGCGCCCAGCGGAGCCCGAAGACGCGCGCGGCUGGCGCUGCCCGGAGCACGGCGACCGCGUGGCUGAGCUCCUCUGUCGCCGCUGCCGCCGCUGCGUGUGCGCGCUUUGCCUGGUGCUGGGCUCGCACCGCGGCCACCCGGUUGGUCUGGCGCUGGAGGAGGCGGCGCGCGUGCAGAAACUCACCCAAGAAUGUUUAAAGAAUUUGACAGCCAAGAAGCAGCAGCAAGUUGGCAACAUAACCCAACAAGAUGCUGCUGAGAAGCUCAAGGCUCGUGCAGAGUCAGGUAAAACCUGGCUGACAAGGAAAUUUACUGAACUCAGAUUACUACUUGAUGAAGAGGAAACUCUGACCAAGAAAUUCAUUGAGAAAAACACGCAGCUUGCCCCGCAGGCGUACAGGGAGCAAAUCGAGUCUUGUGGGGAGCAAAUCGAUGUCAUGAACAAUCUCUCCAACAGGGUCUGGAAUAUCAGCCAGGAACCCAGUCCUGUACAGCUGCUGCAGGUAAUCACAUCUGAUCCCCAGGAAGGCCAGAAACAGAUGAGCCUGGGGGAGUCGUGCCACCCCGUGCCCCACUCCUUUGAGCCCGUCAAGAGCUUCUUUAAGGGCCUUGUGGAAGCCGCGCAGAGCCCGCUACAGACGCCACUGGACGUCCGCCUUAAGGCGAACAUGAGCUGCCAGCUCUCGGGCUCCUCUGGCGCCCAGCCGGGUUCCCUGCUGAAAACAAGCCCCUCACCAGAGCGAUCACUCUUCUUAAAAUACGCGCGUACGCUCACGCUGGAGCCAGACACGCUGCACCCGCGCGUGCGCCUCUCGGCAGACCGCCUGAAGGUGCGUUGUGGCCACCACGGCAACCUGGGGCUCAAUCCUGCGCUGCAUUUCGACGCGCUGUGGCAGGUGCUGGGCCGCCACUGCUUCGACGCCGGCCGCCACUACUGGGAAGUGGACGUGCAGGAGGCGGGCGUCGGCUGGUGGGUGGGCGCGGCCUACGGCUCCCUCGGCACCUCUGCCGCCGCCCGCUUGGGCUGCAACCGCCAGUCCUGGUGCCUCGCACUAUAUGACCUCGAGUACUGGGCCUUCCACGACGGCCAGCGCAGCCGUCUGCGGCCCCGCGACGACCCCGACCGGCUCGGCGUCUUCCUGGAGUACGAGGUCGGCGUCUUCACCUUUUACGACGACGGCAUGACCCACCUGCACACCUUCCGUGCCGCCUUCCAGGAGCUUCUCUACCCGGCCCUGCGGCCCUGGGAAGGGGCCAUCAGCAUCUCCCGACUGCCCUAGGGGCCGACACCUGAGUGGCCGCCCUAGGCUCUCCGCGGCUCUGGUCUCACCCGAUCCAGACACGGCUGGUCUACUGCCGCCUCUUUCCUUUUUGCCAGGGAGAAGGGGGACAGUGAUGAUAGCCUGGUGGAGGAGACGCAGCCUAGCAGAGGGCAUACAGAGGUGGCCCAGCGCAGCCAGGGCAUGGUGAGCAGGAGUCCAUACCACGAGGAGGGGACAGGCUGCCCAAGAAGCCAAGCUGCAUACGAGGUGGGACGGGAGAAGUGAAAGGGAGUAAACAGCAGCCAGAAAUGGAUGCCGUCACACUCCAGCUCCUAGCACGUCAAUCUUAUGGAUUCUCUGAUCAGGACCUUCUUGCCCACCAGACUGAAGAUAUCUUCAGGAGGGUAGCCUUUGGGCUCACCCACCUUCACAGUGAGCAUGUCCAGUGUUAGAAUGGUGCCUUCCGGA